AUGGAUAGUUUAGCUUGCUUAAGUGUAGCCAAGCGGCCUUUGGCUAAAGAAAUUCAAAGCUUUGAGUCUAAGUUCAUGCAAUUGGGAAUCUCAGAAAGAGGUGGGGUGCUAGCUAAUAUUGAGGUAAGGGCCACUUUCAUUGAAGAGAUCAAGGCCAAACAAUUUGAAAAUGAGAAUUUAGAGGAACUUAGAAAGAAGACUGCGAUGGGUAAGGCACAAAAGACCACUCUUGAUGCGAAUGGUGUGCUAAAUUUCAAGGGGAGAAUAUGUGUUCCUAAAAAAGACUUUAUAAGUGGGCCAGUGAAAGUAAAAGGAGGUGAAGCUAUCGUCCCCAACGUUAUCAAGGCUGUUCAAGUUGCAAGAAAAUGUGGCAUUCAUAUAGUUUGGGUUGUACGUGAGAUUGAUCCUUUAGGGAGAGAUGUUGAAUUAUUUCGUCGUCACUUUUAUACUGCUGCCAAAACAAAAGUGGCAUCAAAGGGAAGUGUUGGGGCUGAACUUGUUGAUGGACUAAUUAUUGAAGAAAAUGAUUACAAAUUGGUCAAAACACGUUUUAGUGCUUUUCUCAACACACACCUUCAUUCAUAUCUUCACACUAAUGGCAUAACAGAUUUGGUCAUCACUGGUGUCCAAACUCCAAAUUGCAUACGACAGACUGUGUUUGAUGCAGUAUCAUUGGACUAUAAGCAUGUCUCAGUUAUCACUGAUGGAACAGCUGCAGCAACACCUGAUGUACACACUGCCAACAUAUUUGACAUGAAAAAUAUUGGAGUGGUGACUCCUACAUUAGAAGAAUGGUGCCAAUCUACAGAGAAAUACAUCAGUUGA